UCACAAAACAAAACUCGAUUUGUAACUCUCACACCAUUUCCACUCAUAUCCCAUAAGCACCACCAUGGCUCCACCUAAAGAAAUUUCGACCCUCAUUUACCACAAUGGUCACGUUGUAGACAAUCCAGUUCAAGGAUCGACGUACCAAUGUACGACCCCAAUAUUUUUUUACGCUAGUCGUUCUAUUACGUUUACACAAUUCAUUCGAAAAAUUAACAAUCGUCUCCCUACUCGAGCAACUGAACAAGUUGCUCAAUUGUUAUUUUGUGUCCCUAUUUCACUUCAUCUCGGUCAGACACGUUUUAUUUCAGCUCAACUAUUCGACAAUGAUGAUCUUAGAGGCGCGAUGCAAACAAUUAUCCAGAAUCCACAAUUGAAUUCUGCCGAAUUCUAUGUUGUUACUAAGCUUAUUCCUCAACCACAACCAUCGUCUCCACAACCCUCAUGUCCACAACUACAAUUACCGCCUCCACAACAGCUACCGUACAACAACAUAGACCUCAAUAAUCCAGUAUUUUCAUACAACAACCUUGAAUCACAAGACCCCUUUGACAUUUAUACUUCAUACACACAAAUAUUAUCUGAGAACGAUUCCUUUUUCCAUGGCCAACAAAACUCCUUUAACCAACAAAACCAUCCUUCAUCCCCCUUUACGCCACCUUCACAGCUACCACAAACGCAAACAUCAAACCGAGAUGAACAUUCUAUUGCUAAUGAGGAUCAACAGUUCUUUGAUCACAUCAAUCACCAAAGCGAUGACCAAAGUGAUGACCAAACCGAUGAUGAGGGUGUUGGCAGACCAACGACACCUCCGUUGCAAUAUCAGCAACCUAGGUGUCCAGUAGACUUGAACUUUGACCACCUACCACACUACAUUGAUCGACACCAUUUUGUUCAUCAGCAACACAAUGUACAACCACCAAUCGAUGUACUCGAGGUUGGCACGACCUUCGAUGACAAAACACAAUGUAUUCGAGCAAUCAAAGAAUACAACAUCAGAAAUCAUUUUGAUUGUAGAACAAUUUACUCUGACCAAAGAAGGCUAAACUUCGUCUGCAAGUUACAUGAAAAUGGUUGUACAUGGAGCUUGGGUGCAUGCAAUUCAAAGAGGCAUAACAAAUGGAUUAUCAAGAGUAUCAGAGGUCAUCACACUUGUCUCGUGCCGAUGCUCAGACAAGAUCAUCGCCAACUCGACAAACAUGUCAUAGCCCAAAUCAUCCAACCAAUUGUCAAAACAAACCCAACUGUCUCCAUCAAGACGUUGAUUGCAGAGAUCAAAACGUUCAUGAAUUAUACCUCAUCCUACAAGAAGACAUGGUUAGCAAAGUAAAAAGCAUUGGAGAUGAUUCAUGGAAACUGGGAAGAAUCAGAUGCCAAACUGUCAAAACUUUUCGGAGCUUUGCAAUCUUGUGUUCCCGGGACUGUGGUCGUUGCUCAAACAGAAUCCUUGUAUGAAGGGGGAGAAAUAGUACCGGGCAAAAGAUUGUUUAAGCGUGUCUUUUGGUCAUUUGGUCCAUGCAUUAAUGGUUUUGCAUAUUGCAAACCCAUAGUACAAGUAGAUGAUACAUGACUUUACGCAAAGUAUACUAGCACACUGUUGAUAGCUACCGCACAAGAUAGAGCUAACCAUAUCUUCCCGAUUGCUUAUGCCAUUGUAGAAGGGGAGACAACUUCAACUUAGGGAUUUUUUCUAAAGAAUUUAAGAAGACAUGUUACUCCUCAAAUUAACAUUUCUCUUAUUUCAGACCGACACCCCUCAAUUAUAAGUGCCUACAACAACUCAAGUAACUUAUGGGUCCAGGACACAUCCCAUUUCUUUUGCCUGCGCCACAUUGCACAAAAAUUUCUUCGUGGUAACUCAAACUGCAAACAUUUAAAGAAACCACUUAUGUUGGCUGGAUACACAUACACGGAGAAGAUGCAUUGGCGACAUCUUGGGGAUAUUCGUGCGAAUAAGCCAAGUGCAGUUGAAUGACUUGAUCUAUUACCCAAACAAAAAUGGGUACAAUGCUUUGAUGAGGGGAAACGUUGGGGACAUAUGACUACCAAUUUGUCGGAGUAUGUUAAUUCCAUGUUCAAAAACAUAAGACACUUGCCGGUGUCAUCGUUGGUUGAGGAGACCUAUUUCAAGACCGCACAACUCUUUGCUAAUAGAGGUCGACAAACUCAGGCAAUGAUCAACUCCGGCUCACAGUAUUCUGAAAUCGUCUUCGAUGCAAUGAAUAGUGGUCAACAAGAAUCUAAUAUACACAUUGUAAAUGAAUUCGACAGACACAAUCACACUUUUAUUAUAACAGAGACUCAACCCCCACUCGAAACACCCAGACCACCUGGAAGGUUUAGAGUAAUGUUACAAUCCCAAAAAGUGUGAUUGUGGUGAAUAUCAGGCUAAACAUUUACCGUGUUCUCACGUCAUGGCUGUCUGUAAAUCUGUCAAUGUUGAUCCCAUGACCUAUGUGCUGAUGAUAUUCACUUUACAACACAUUUUGCACAUCUACGACAACUCCUUUGAUUUACUGCCACACGAAUCAAUGUGGCAAGAAUAUGAAGGAGAUCAGUGGGGUCCUGAUCCAAGAAGAAAGAGGACUGUAAAGGGUCAUCCCGUUUCAACUCGCAUUCCUACUGAGAUGGACGAAGACGAAAAUGAACGAGCAAGUAGAAAAAAAUGUGGACUUUGCCGGCAACAUGGUGAUAGCAGAAAUAAUUGUCCUAAUAUAUCCUCAUCUUAAGUUUUUCCUUAGAAAAAUGUCAUUGUUUAAAUAUUUUAU